UGGAGGACAGACACAUGCAAGCGUGAAGAUGCAUGCACAUCCGUUCCCUCGUGUAAAAUGAAGUUAUUUAUUUGGAGGUUUUGACAAGGACGAUGUUCAAAUUCCUCCUGCAUGUUUGGAUUUUAUGGUGGCUUUUAGAAGGUACAUCCUCUGAUGGCGACGUCAGCGGAUGCGAAGAGCAGCCGUGCCAAAACGGCGGAGUUUGCGAAAGCCACCUGGGCGCUUUUAGAUGCCUUUGCUCCCAGCGACCCCUGCGCGGCCGUCUCUACGGGGGUCCGACCUGCGCCGUCACCCUUUCGGGCUGUGACGGCAACCGAUGCGAGAACGGCGGCACGUGCUCACCCUUACUCCUAAGCGGGAAACACGUUUACACGUGCACCUGUCGCGCCGGCUUCUCGGGCUCCAGAUGUCAGACCUCUAGCGUCUUUUCAUUCGAGAGCCCGGGUUACGUGUACGUGGAGACUCAUCUCCUAGACGCGGAAGCUCCUCUGAACGUGACGCUGAGCUUCCGUACGGAUAGACCGGCGGGGACUCUUUUGCAACGUCGGGUGGACGGCCUCCUUCUUAGCGUGGAGAUCGUGGAUGGAAAAGUGUGCCUCAAGAGUCUGAAAAACCAAGGAUCCAGCACUUUGGUUCAGCAGCUACCGGAGUCGGUCUCCGACAGCAAAUGGCACACCCUGGAGGCCUCGCUGGGCGGGGUGGUCAGCCUGAUCCGCCUCCUCUGCACUGAGGGAAACUGCAGCAGUGAAAGCAAAAGCGAGGUCAGAGUUGCAGAGGUGGCUUCCGCUCUCCCGCCUCUCGAGUCGCUCCGUCAAAGUCUCUUCGUUGGCGCGGCUCCAGGCGACCCAGCGGAAGCUUUUCUGGGCUGCCUCAGAGACGUGUCGGUGGGCUCCCAUCUGGUGGUCCCGGUCACGUCGGCCAAUCGUUCCGGCGCCCUGGUUAACGUCACCGCGGGAUGCAACGAUAACGAUAAAUGCGAGGAGGGACCCUGCCGGAACAGAGGCCGUUGCAUGAGUCGGGGUUGGAGGAGCUACAAGUGCCACUGCCAAAGACCUUAUGAAGGCGACAACUGUGCAGAAGAGUACAUCACCGCCAGAUUCGGGAGCAAAAACUCGGAAAGCUACGCCGUCUUCUCGAUAGACGACGAUCUCGGCGAAACCUUGACCGUGUCGAUGUUCGUCCGAACCAGACGACCCAGAGGCCUCCUCCUGAUCCUGGCCAACAGCACCAGUCAGUACUUCCGCCUCUGGUUGGAUCAGGGCCGUGUGAAAAUCCAAGUCAACAACUUCGAGACCCUGCUCGGCCAAAGCGCCGUCGACGACGGCCAUUUUCAUCUGGUGACCGUGAAGCUAAACGGGUCGGAGGUGACUUUGGUCCAGUCGGCCACGAAUCAAGGCUCUCGAGCCGUGAGGCACAUUUGGGCCCAACGCGGCGAUCGGGUCUUUGUGGGCGGGCUGGCGGACCCGAGGGCCUCCGCUACAUUUGGGGGCUACUUGAAAGGAUGCGUUCAGGAUCUGAGAAUGAACAGUAAAAGACUGCAGUUCUAUCCUAUAGCAUCAUCUGUGGAAUCCUACAAUCCGGAAAAACUGAUUAGCGUCGAGUCGGGAUGCAGUAGCGACAACGCCUGCGCGGUUAACCCUUGUCUCAAUGGUGGUGUCUGUUAUUCCAUGUGGGAUGACUUCACCUGUAACUGCCCGCCCAACACGGCAGGUCAACGCUGCGAGGAGGUGAAAUGGUGCGAGCUGUCCCCCUGUCCCGCCUCCACCGUGUGCCAGCAGAGCUCGCGAGGCUUCGACUGUUUUUCAAACAUAACAAUCCGUCCAGAAAAUGGAAUUUUGCAGUACCGAUACAAAGGGAACAACAACAGCCUCAGCAGGAUUUCCCUCAGCUUCCGUACAAGACAGACGGAUGCCACCGUAUUCCACGUGCAAAGUGGCUCCAGUUACAUCACCGUCUCCAUUCAAGAGUCCCGCGUGGUCAUGGACCUCCGCAACUCCACGAGCAUCUGGAGCGAGGGUCCGAUCAAUGACGGGAAUUGGCACUCUAUGAGCCUCGGCGUGGACAAAACGACCUCUCGGUGGGUCGUCGACGUGGACGCCAGUAGAGAGGAAAUACCCCGGUUAAGUGUCGAGGACUUGGAUUUACUAAGAGAAGACACCGAUAUCUUCCUAGCCGGGCUAAGCUCGGAGUCUCCCGUGAAUUUCUCCGGAUGUCUGGGCCCCGUUCAAAUCGGAGACCUUCUCCUCCCUUUCCACUUGGACACUGAGUUGAAACUUCCCAGGCCUCAGGAAGAGCAGUUUUCACGGUUAAACGCCAACGCGAGUCCACGCUACGGCUGCCGGGGGACGAGCGUAUGCGAGCCCAAUCCUUGUGAAAACCGGGGCACGUGCGAGGAUCUCUUCGACGCGCAUCGCUGCGAUUGUCCCUCGACGUGGAGAGGUCACUCGUGCCGAGAACCGAGUGACACUUGUGUGCUUCGGCCAUGCGUUUUUGGGAAUUGUACCAACUUUCCGGGGGGGUACCGAUGCGAAUGUGAGUGGGGAUACACGGGAUCACAGUGCCAGAUGGAAGUGGAUUUCUGUGAGAACAACAAUUGCAGUCAUGGUGCCACGUGCCUGAAAGGAUUCCAGAGCUACUCCUGCCUCUGCCCCCAGAACCUGACAGGCCAAUUUUGCAAUGUGAAAAUUCCCGAGAUCCCAUGGUACAUCGAGACACGCCCUCUUCCUCAGCUGCCUGUGUCAAAAUGUACGGGUAUGAGACGCAACUUCACUUGCUAUAACGGAGGCAACUGUUCAGCAGUGGACGACGACUGCCUAUGUCUACCUGGAUUCUCGGGACAAUGGUGCGAGAAGGACGUGGACGAGUGUGCCUCGGAGCCAUGUAUGAACGGCGGCUUCUGCCUCAACUACGUGGACCGAUUUGAAUGCGUGUGCGAUUUGAAUUACUCGGGUAUCCACUGCCAAAUAGACGUCAGUGACUUUUACAUCUACGUCUUCUUGGGUCUGUGGCAGAACCUGUUCCAGCUGGUGUCCUACCUCAUCAUACGCCUGGACGACGAGCCGGAAAUCGAUUGGGGCUUUGAGGAAAAAGGUUUGGCGCCAUCUACUGUAAGUACUGACAAUUCAAAAUCUGAUUAAUAUACAAAAUAUGGAUGUAUAGGUUGGUUUGCAUGUAUGGGUUUCACAUUACACUGUGACGAAAUGGUGGGCCCAAAAAAUGGGGCCCUUGGCAUUAUUUUGCUUAGGGCCCCCAAAUGGCCUGGGCCGGCCCUGCACAGUCCACAUUUUGAUACGGUGAAGCUCAUAUUAGUUUCAUUUUCUUGACAUAACCAAUAAAAAGUGUUCACAAGUCCUAAAAAAGUCUGUUUUUUGCCCUUCUAAAUGUGUGUCAUGCAUUCCAGAGUUAUUACUGAUAACAUAUGAUUCAUCCACUGUUCGGUAGAAGCAUAGGCGGAGUUUGACUUUUGGGGCAGGGGGGCACAACAUGUUGAUGACCCCGAAACACACUGUCAGCAAUAAAAUUAACUUACAGGAAUAUUUAUAAGUUGACAAUGAGCGUUUUUUGUGUCCCAUCAUUCUUGAGAGGAAUUCUAAAUCAGGCUGCUUAGGCAGUACUUUUCGCCAAGAUAGUCAACCAUUGAAUAUGGUACGCCCGCUUGUGUCGUGCCAAUGUAGUUACUCCAGUCAAAAAUUGUAUCCCCUGGGCGGAACCAUAUGGAGGUAGAUUUUUGUCUUUAUUAUUCAAUCAAAAAAAAGUUGCUUCCAAAA